AUGUCCGUUCGUCGCCUCCAUGGUGUACAACAGCUCGAUGGUUACCAGGCUAUUGACGAAGACGGCGCUGCUCUGAUCGGUGUCAUUUCUGCGCUAGAGUCAUGUCCCCCUGUCAAAGAAAGCUGCUUUCCUACGCAAGUGUCAGGAAGGGCUGCGAUGCCGUUGAACCGCAACAAUAUGGCCCAAUGGUGGAUCGAUGGUUGGGAGAAACUCAUCAUCAUCACGACGUCCCAGUGGAAACCUAUUCGCAAUCAAGAUUGGUGGAAGGAGUUGUCGCAGAUGUUGGGUCACUAUCAAUGCACGGCUGUGAGGUUGCCGUUUGGUAUGUACCUCCUGAAAAGCAUUGGGCUGGCCAAGCUGGAGGAGUACAUAAAGCUCAUAAAGGAGAAAAAUAAGGUAGCGGAACAGUGGGAAGACGAGAAGGCAAAGAAGGCAGGAGAAGAGAAGAAAGUAUUGGAGGAGGAAAAGAAAGUAUUGGAGGAGGAAAAGAAAGUAUUGGAGGAGGAAAAGAAAGUAGAGGAGGAGGAUGACAAAGGUGGACCAGAUGUCGAGUCGGAUUGA